GAUCCAAAAGAGUGGAAGAAACAAGACCAUUACGCUGUCCUUGGUCUUUCUCACCUGCGAUAUAAAGCAUCACCUGCACAAAUCAAAAUUGCUCAUCGUAAGAAGGUACUGAAGCACCACCCGGACAAAAAAGCCUCAGGGCCUAACGCUGCACCCACCACUACUUCGUCCCUCUUCCUCAACGGGGUGAACCAAAACACAAACGACGAUGCGUUCUUCAAGUGCAUCCAAAAGGCACACGAGGUCCUCACCAACUCGGAGAAACGCCGCCAGUUUGAUUCGGUUGACCCGGUGUUCAUGGACCUUGAAGAAGAGAUGCCUACGGCGGCUGAGUUCAAGGACCUGGACUUUUUCAAAACUUUUACGAACGUAUUUGAACUUUACGCUCGGUUCUCGAAAACUCAACCUGUACCUGGCCUCGGGAACGUUGAUUCGACCAAAGAGGAGGUUGAAGGGUUUUAUGACUUUUGGUACAACUUCGAUAGCUGGAGAAGCUUCGAGUGGAUGGACAAGGAGGUUAACGAGGGUAGUGAUAGUCGCGAUGAUAAACGAUAUACCGAGAAGAAGAACAAGUCCGAACGUGCACGGAGGAAAAAGGAAGAUACCACUAGACUCAGAUCGUUGGUCGAUCUUUGCCUAAGCGUCGACCCACGUAUCAAGCGCAUCAAACAACAAGAAAAGGAGGCUCGCGAUGCAAAGAAACGUGGGACUGCGCCUAGUGGUGUUCCUGCGAAGAAGUCGAAGAAGGAGGAAGAGGAGGAGAAGAAAAAGAAGGAGGAGGAGGCG